AUGUCCCAGAGGACGGUCGUCGCGGCGUGCAGGCGGCGGGCACGCUGGAAGGGCACUCGGACUCGCGCGCUGGACCGCACCGCGCGCCUGUGGCUGCCUCGCGCCGGCGCCUGCCUGCACGUGCUGCACGCGCACGCGCGCUACCUCACCUGCAUAGCGCUGGCAGCAGACCUACGAUACAUGGUCACCGGUUCUAAUGACAAAACAGUGCGCAUGUGGUCGCUGGGGGCGCUCACUGUAGACGGCGAGCUGGAACCACCCUGCGACCCUUACGCUCACUUCGCUCUCGGCGACUUAGAGGGUAUCGGCCCAGUAGAUGAAGAUGGCUUGGAUGACGCAGCGAUAGGUACGGACAGCCUGGAGGAAGGUGGCCCCCAGCGAGUGUGGCGGUACGAGGCGCACGCUGCUCCCAUCAACUGCAUCGCCGUGCACGACGACUUGAUAGCUACUGCAUCCAGCGAUGGACUGGUGAAGAUAUUCCGCUGGAUUGAGACACUGGAAACAGCAUCGUUGGAGCACUCCCUGGAGGCGCACGAGUACCCGGCGCUCGCGUGCGACUUCGGCGCUGGUGGGGCCGUGCUACUAAGCGCGGGGCUUGAUGGCUGCGCGCGGCUAUGGGAUGUUAAGUCUGGUUGCCUGCUGCGCUCGCUGUCGGUUCCGACGCGCGGCGGUGGCGGCGGGGACGUGGGCGGCGGGGGCGGGCGGGGGAGGGGGAGGGGGGGGAGGGGGAGGGGGAGUGCGCGGCGCGCGGGUGUCGGCGCACCGGCCGGCGCUGCUGCUGCUGGCGACCGACGACGGACUCGCGCCGCUGUGGAGCCUCGCCGGCGCCGACCCGCUGCCGGCCUACCUGUACGCGUCCCACACGGAGGCGGCGACGUGUUGCGCGUGGUCGAGCGACGGGCGCGUGCUGGCCGCGGGCGCGGGCGGCGACCUCGUGCUGCGCGCGCCCCCGCCCCGACCCAGGGACCUGCACACGCAACAGAACGCGCAUGAAGAGGGAGUGCAGAGUUGUGAUUUCGCACCUUGUGGCAGCGUGGAGAUGCCAGAAGGAUCAUACUUAAUCGCUACCGCUGGUUCUGAUUCACUGCUCAAGUUAUGGAUAGUCGAACUCGAUGAGGAGGCGAUAGAAGCACGCGUUAGGCUCGCUUGCGCCGUGCUGGCGCACGGUGGCGGCGCUUCGUGCGUGCGGUGGGGCGCGGGCGGGGGCGGGGGCGGCCUGCUAGCGUCCGCGGGCGGCGACCAGUGGGCGCGCGUGUGGCGCGCUGAGGCCGGCGCCGGCGGGUGGGAGCUGCGGCCCCUCGCUGCGGUGCCGGCGGGGGGCGCCGGCGGGGGCGGGGGCGCGGUGGGCCUCCUGCCGGGCUCGCUGGCCGUGGGCUCGCUCACCGGGGAGCUGGCACUGUGGCGGCUCCCGGACGGAGACCGCGCUCCGGACGCCGAGGACGACGAGUUGCCGCAGUUCUGGGACGAGGAGGGAGUGGCGCGCUGGCUGCGCGAGUAUAUCGUGCGGGUGCCAGGUGUACCCGGUGCUCUGGGGCCCGAAGUGGAAGUGAAGUUAAUAAAACGCGCGCGCGAUGAAGGCGUGAUGGGGUCGCGACUACUCGACGACCCUGUUGAAGAGCUGCUUUCUGUAUUCGGAUACGGUGAUGAUGAGAUGGAAGAGGAAGUGGCAACAGAGAUACGAACACGCCUCGUCGAAGAACUGCAUUGGUUGCGACAACCGCCGCCACCUGCGCGACUGGCGUGGAGCGCACCGCACGGGUUGCUGUGCCCCGUGUCGCACCGCGUGGUGGAGGGCGCGGGGUGCGCGCGCGCCUCCGACGGGCGCACGUACGCGCGCGCCGCGCUGCGCGAGCUCACGCUGGCGGCUGGCGGCCCCGCGCGCCCGCUGCGGAGCGCUCGCGUAGCGCCCAACUACCGCCACAGCGAAGUCCUGCGCGUUUAUCUACGCGAUCAUGCCGACAGUUCUGAUAUCUAAUUAUAAUUUUUUUUCGUGUCCUUCCGCUUCCGAGGGAACGCAAUGGAGGUAUGCGGGACUCCUCCCUGCUCGUUUCGGCAGCCCCUGAGCUGGAUGGAAUAAACACCCCCCUCCCCUAAUGCCCAAAACAGGUGGUCCCCUUAAAACCGGACGAUACUCCUGCCCCGGUCAUCCGACAAGCAUUGUGAGACCGAGGUCCCCC